ACAGCUUACGUCUUCAUCUCUGUUACCCAUUCAAUGGAGGGAAUGAUGCGCGUCUCCCUGGGGGACAGCAAGAGCAGAGCUUUUUCUGGUCAAAGCGACUUCAGCCAGAACUGCCACAAACUCGCGGCUUUCCCGCGGAGCAGCUGCUGUUCCUGCAAAAUGGCGCGGUGUCCUGGCUCCAGGCUGUGCUGUGCCCAGUGCGGAGCGGCCGCAGGGGCUGGCACAGAGCAGUCGGGAGGCGACAGGGAGGCUGCCCGUAGUUUCGACUGGUCUGGUUUCGACUUGCUCCUCGGGAUGGCAUCUCCUGAGCGGCUGCAUGUGAAGUUACAACAAAGUGGAAUCCUCAACGCCCAUGCAGGCAUGUUCUGGCGCUCGUCCUGCACCUUCCCGACCCUCGGGCCAGGCGUUGCCCCCGCGCAGCUCAGUGACGAACGGGUGAACCAGCGCAAUGUCCCGGGAAUCGACAGUGCCUACCUGGCCAUGGACACGGAGGAGGGCGUGGAGGUCGUGUGGAACGAGGUUCAGUUUUCGGAGCGGAAGAACUUUAAGCUUCAGGAAGAAAAAGUUAAAGCGGUGUUUGACAACUUAAUUCAGCUGGAACAUCUGAACAUUGUGAAGUUUCACAAAUACUGGGCUGAUGUGAAGGAGAAUAAGGCCAGGGUGAUCUUCAUCACUGAAUACAUGUCUUCAGGGAGCUUGAAACAGUUCCUGAAGAAGACAAAGAAAAACCACAAAACUAUGAAUGAAAAGGCCUGGAAGCGAUGGUGUACACAGAUCCUCUCUGCUCUCAGCUACCUCCACUCCUGUGAUCCCCCAAUCAUCCACGGCAACCUGACCUGCGACACCAUCUUCAUCCAGCACAACGGACUGAUCAAGAUUGGGUCAGUGGCACCGGACACAAUUAACAACCACGUGAAGACCUGUCGCGAGGAGCAGAAGAACCUGCACUUCUUUGCCCCAGAAUACGGAGAGGUUGCCAACGUCACCACCGCUGUGGACAUUUACUCCUUUGGGAUGUGUGCACUGGAGAUGGCGGUGCUGGAAAUACAGGGUAACGGAGAGUCGUCGUAUGUGCCGCAGGAGGCCAUUAAUAGUGCCAUCCAGCUGCUGGAGGACCCCCUGCAAAGGGAGUUCAUUCAGAAGUGUCUGGAGCAGGCCCCCAGCAAGCGCCCCACUGCCCGGGAGCUCCUUUUCCACCAGGCGUUGUUUGAGGUGCCGUCGCUAAAGCUCCUGGCUGCUCACUGUAUCGUUGGGCAUCAGCAUAUGAUUCCUGAAAAUGCUCUAGAAGAAAUGACCAAAAACCUUGACAUGAGCGCGGUGUUGGCAGAGAUUAUUCACAUGGACAGGGAAGGAGUCAAGAUGAUCUUCUCACAAUCUCCAGCGUUGGAGCUGGACAAGUUCCUGGAGGAUGUAAGGAAUGGUAUCUACCCGCUCACAGCUUUUGGGAUGCCGCGCCCCCAGCAGCCCCAGCAGGUAGUGGUGAAAUCUCCCAUCGCUCCGCCAUCAGUGAAAACCCCGACUCCCGAGCCCGCUGAGGUGGAGACCCGCAAGGUGGUGUUGAUGCAGUGCAACAUCGAGUCUGUCGAGGAGGGCGUGAAGCAUCACUUAACCCUGCUGCUGAAACUGGAAGACAAGUUGAAUCGACACUUGAGCUGUGACCUGCAGCCCAAUGACAACAUCCAGGAGCUGGCAGCUGAACUGGUCCAGCUGGGAUUCAUCAGUGAGGCCGACCAGAGCCGACUCACCUGUUUACUUGAAGAGGCGUUCAGCAAGUUCUACUACACCCGCAACGGCGCCCUGACGGCAGUGACGGUGUCAUCUUAGCCCCUCGGCUCCGGGCGGCC